CAAUGAUCUGUCACGAUGCAAGAUUUUUCUUGCGCUUGAAAACCAAGUUUUGGAACUUUUCAGAAACACUUUUACCUAAUGGAUUCACAGCUAAAUCUUUCCCCACUCUUUAUAAAAAGCUUCAACGCACUGUUUCUUCACUAUUCAUUGCCCAUAUCCAUUUCCAUAUUCAUAUCCAUAUUACUUCUUCCAUGGACCCGAAAUCAAAAUCGAAAUCGAAACCGAAACCGAAACCGAGAACAAUCGUGGUGAUGGUGCCACUGGUGGCGCAAGGGCAUCUCAACCAGCUACUUCACCUUGCCCGCCGCAUCGCCGCCCACGACAUCCCAGUGCACUACGCCAGCACCGCCACCCAUGUCCGACAGGCGAAGAAUCGUGUCCACUGUUGGGACCCUGCAGCGUCGGCGAACUUAUAUUUCCACGACGUUCGAUCCCCAGGCAUCAGCAACAUCCAACCUGACCCGAAUUCCGGCAACAAAUUCCCAUCUCAGUUGAUUCCGUUGUUCAAGUCCGCCAUUAAGGAUCUCCGCGAGCCCGUCUAUGAGCUGGUGCAAGCGCUUUCGGAGGGAGCAGAACGCACGGUGGUUGUUUACGACUCGAUGAUGGCGUACACCGUGCAGGAUGUUGCUGCUCUGCCUAAUGUAGAGGCAUAUUGCUUCCAGAGUAUAUCGGCAUUUUCGUUGUAUGCGUUUUACUGGGAAGUCACCGGAAAACCGGAUGUACCUGAAGAAGCAGCCGCGAUCAAGUUGACGCCGUCGUCGGAAGGCGCUUUUGUACCUGAGUUUGCAGAGAUAUCAAGUUUGCUCAUAGCAACACCAAAAUUCCAAGCUGGAGAGAUUUAUAAUACAUCAAGAGUGAUAGAAGGAACGUACCUCGACUUGCUGCAUAAAGGAAAGAUAACCGGAGCCGACAAACAGUGGGCUAUGGGACCAUUCCAUCCCCUGCUAUUGAAACAGAAUACAGACAGCAAGAGUAAUAACAAAUGCUUACAGUGGCUGGACGAGCAAGGGGCCGACUCUGUCAUCUACGUCUCGUUUGGAAGCACGGUCUCUUUAUCAAACACGGAAAUCGCAGAGCUGGCCGAAGGGCUGGCGAGGAGCGAACAGAAGUUCCUAUGGGUGUUGAGGGAUGCAGAUAAAGCGGACAUUUAUGAUGGGGAGGUCAGAAGAGUCCAACUGCCGGAAGGAUUCGAGGAGAGGGUGGCUGGGAGAGGGUUUAUCGUCCGAGAUUGGGCGCCGCAGUUGGAAAUCCUUGGACACGAAUCAACAGGAGGAUUUAUGAGCCACUGCGGAUGGAAUUCGUGUAUAGAGAGCAUCAGUAUGGGCGUGCCGAUAGCAGCUUGGCCUAUGCACUCUGACCAGCCAAGAAAUUCAGUCCUCAUAACUGAAGUGCUCAAGAUAGGCCUGGAGGUGAGAGGUUGGGACCGUCGAGAAGAAGUGGUGUCGUCUGAGAUGGUGGAACAGACGGUUAGAAGAUUGAUGGCAUCGAAAGAAGGAGACAUGCUCAGACAGAGAGCAGCAGACAUCGGAAAAGCUGUGAGGAAAUCGGUUAUGGAAGAUGGCGUCGGGCGCAAGGAGUUAGCUUCAUUCAUACAGCAUAUCACUCGAUAGCUUUCAACCCUCAAAAACUGAA